UCUCUAAACUGUGCUGAAGGAUGAGAAAAGCUGGGAGGAAAAAUCCGACACACACACCGGAUUGAUCUCUCUCUAUCAGUUUGAUUCUCUGAAGCGUGUGAUGGUUGUUCCCGGCAGUAGUUCUCCAUCGCUGCUGGUCCAGACGGACUCCAGCGUGUCACUGCUGCACACAGACAAACUGAAGAUCGCAUGGAGCACCAACACCAGCGCUCUUCUCAGUGUGCCAACAUUUGGGCACUUUGACAAAGAUGGAAUUCCAGAUAUAAUGAUAGAGGAAGACGUUGGCAAUAAAACCAAAAGAGUCUUGGUUCUCAGUGGAAGCUCUGGAGUCGUCCUGUGGGAGAUGAAUCUGUUGUUCUGGACUCCGAAUCCUCGUCCGGCGUCUGUCCUCACACUGAACACCUACUCAGUGUUCAUGCUCUGGGGACAGAGUCCCGGCAACCAGACCAAUGAGAUGCAUUCAUCAUUCCUGCUGCAUCCUCGACUUUCCCAACUCCUGCUUGAAAGAAGAAAUCCUGCACAGGACAUCGUCUCUUUUAAGGCGAUGCUGUUGGAGCGAGGCCGCCACGCUUGUUACCUCGUUCUGACGGGACCAGAUGGACGGCAGCGUGUAGAACCAGGCGAGACGGAGCCAGUCAUUCUGACCAAGCGCAAGAUCAAGGACGAUGUGUCGGAGAGCGUCGCUCUGAGAGUAUCAGCUGAUGAAUCGAUCACUGAAGACGAAGUGAAGCAGGAGUUCUACAGGCUGCGCUUCAGUGAUAAACUUUUGUAAAACACAAUUACACUAAUUUAUAUUUAAACACUAAUUUUCAACCCAAAGGUCAUAUAGGCCAAAACAAAAACAAAAAAACAGUGCCUGCAUGUAGAACUUGAAAUCCAAAACAUCUUCAUGUCAGGACUGUUUUAUUUAUAGUAUCUGUUAAUCUGAUCUAGUUAAAGCUGCUUGAGAACGAUGUCAUAAAACCUAAGAUGCUUUUAUUGGAAGCUAAACCAAAUCAUAUCAACUGAAUGUAUUCGUUACAAACCUGCCGCAUUAUUUUAUGACAAUCAUAAACUACUGUAAAGCAUUUCAGAUUUGUAUAUAAGGCCAAAGACUCUCAGGGGCUACAUAUAUAUUUAUAAUGAUCAGGGAUUUUAUAUAAAGGUGAAUCUCGUGAAGAACAGUCUGGGUCAUGACAAAUUUGGUUGGAAACUAGUCUAAAUGAGUAGUUCACCCAAAAAU